AUGGCGAAUCCAUUUCUGAUGGAUGAUGACUUGGAUGGCGUUGACGCCGAUCCGACAGCGAAUCCUUUCUUCUCAAAAGUCGAUACUGAAGAGAGUGAGGCAGAAACAGAUAACCCUUUCUCCGGACAAUCGAAUCCAUUUGCAUUCGGCGAUGAACCUGAUGAUGGUCCAGCACCCGCUUCGGAUAUUGAUCCAGCCAUGAGCUUCUUUGGCACAACUAUUGAGGCGGAGGAUGACGCACUUAGCAUUAAGUCCACUGCUGAAGAAGAUGAUGAAACUUCUAAACGAGGUCCACCACCAAGACCAGUGCCACCACAAACACAAGAACUCAUUAAUACAGUUUCUAACCAAAUGGAAGAGACAAGCUCUGAGUUACUUGGCCGUAUACCAGCUACGCGUUCUCCAAGUCCUGUUUCAAUGCGUGAUUUACACUCACCCAGUCCUACACCGGAUUCAGGACUGGCGGAUUUGUUGGAUGUAUCAGAUAGUGGUUCAUCUGGUAAUAUGCAUGGAUUCGAUAUGGAUCUAACUGGUAGCGGUACUAAUAAUAGUGUGGAUAACCCAUUCGGUGUACCAACAGCCAUUCCUAGCUUACAUGGUGCAACACCGAUGCCAUCCCCAGCAAAACAGCAACCUCCACGACCACCGCCACCACGUCCAGUGCCACCGAGGCCGGCACCACCAAGUGGUAUACCAGCACAGCGUCAUCAACCGCCUCCACGACCAACGCCACCAGCACCGGAGCCAGUUGCUCAACCUGUUGCGGAGACAGCUGAUACUGAGGAUCUAUUUGACAUGUUUGGCACUUCUAAGCCACCUAAACCGCCACCACCAAAGAGCAAGGAAGACAUAUUAAGUCUAUUUGAAAAACCAGCCAUACCUGUUUCCAAACCAGAUUUAUUAAGCGACGACCUUAUACUUGAACCUGCAUCUGAAUUGCCAGAUGACGAAGAGAAUAAAGAUGUAGAGGAUCCCAUUUUCAGUUCUAUGCUAACUCGACCUGAUGAGAGCACACACGAUAUUACAUCUCAACCACAGGCAGCAGAUCUAAAUAUAUCGUUGAUAAAUAAUGUAGAAAGGAAAGAGCUCGUAGUCGACAACACAAAGCCACGUGCACCAACUCCGGACAUUGAAAUUACGACUGUAGAAGAUCUUCCACGUUCUGACGAUGAAGAUGAGCCAGAGCCAGUAAAACCAGCACCGCCGGUGGUCAUUGAAACCAAGCCAAGUCCCGACGAAGAUGAUGAAGAAGAAGUGGAGAAUAAGGAAAAAGAGGUUGUACCUGCGGUGGCAGAACCCGCAGCCUUUACAUCUGUCGAUUCCGAUCACAGUCCACCUACAGAAUCUGGAGCAACCACACAGGCUCUACCAGAAUCAUCUUUGGAGGCUAUUACCGAACAACAGAAUAGUGAGUUUGAGCAAAUGGAUACUGGACUGGAUUUCGCACCGGCUAGUGCUGUGGCAAGUGGUGCAGCCUCUGCAAAUCCCUUCGCUAGUCCAGACGAAGAAGAAGAUACGUAUCCUCCACCGUCUGUAGUGACAAAUAUAUUUGCAAUCGAUGAUAUUGACCCUGCAGUUGUGACCAAUAUCUUUACUACAGCGACAGACACUAUGACAACAUCUGCCGUGCCAGUUAAUAUUUUUGCACCGGACCCUGAACCAGAAGCUGUGGCUGUUACAGCAAAUUCAUACACAGCUAACAACAUCUUUGCCAGUGAGCCGGAUGAAUUCGACGCUUUCUCGGCUAAAUUUGAUUCCGUUAAGAAGGAUAAUGUAAGCAUACUGGACGGUUUUGGUGGUUCUGGUGCUGUGACUCCCUCAGGCGGAGAUGCUUGGGGUGACAGCGCAUUUGGUUCACCCGCUGCUACCACUAACGCCUUUGGCAUGACCGAUGGCUUCGAGAAUGAGGAUGAUGACUUCUAUGCAAUGAAAGCACCAGUUCGCGCUGAAUCUGUUGAGUCCGUAGACAAGGAAUUCAAUGUCGUGAUACGACCUAAAGGCGAAAGCACACAAGGAAUUGCACCACAAUUGGCACCACCACCGCCACCAGUACGUAGUGCGGUCGGUCAAGUUUCCAGCGAUACAUCACCCGUUGUCAAUCCCUUCGAAGACACCGGCUUCCCAGCACCAGCUGUAAGCGAUGAAAACAAAGUAAAACGCACAGAUUCACAGGAUACACCACAAACCCCGCUAUUCGACGAAGACGUUUCGCAACCACUCGAAGAUUUUCCACGCCUGAACUAUGUCGGACCUGGCUGGGAAAUGCAACUGCGGCAACCCAACAAGAAGAAGAUUACCGGACAGAGAUUCUGGAAGAAAAUCUUUGUACGUCUAGUAAUACAGAAUGAUGUGCCCGUAGUGCAAUUGCUUAAUCAGGUCUCUGAUAAACAACCAUUCCAAGAAUUGCCGCUGCAACCAUCAUACUCUGUCUCGGAGAUCGGUGCACAGCAAUACGAUCAGUUUGGCAAAAUCUUCACCAUCAAGUUACAGUACAUUUUCUAUAAGGAGCGUCCCGGUGUGCGACCUGGUCAAGUGACUAAAGCCGAACGCAUCACCAAUAAACUGACGAAAUUUGCACAAUACGCCAUUGCCGGCGAUUACGAAGGUGUGAAGGAGUUCGGAAGUGACUUGAAGAAGUUGGGUCUACCGGUUGAACAUGCGCCACAGUCGUCGCAACUCUUUAAAAUUGGCUCAAUGAACUACGAAGAUAUGAAACAGUUCUCCAUUUGCAUCGAAGAGGCGCUCUUCCGAUUGCCGGCGUUGCGUGAACGUGCGCUCACAUACAAAAUGGAGGAGGUACAAGUAACGGCGGUCGACGAAAUCGUUGUGGAACAAGAUUAUGAGGGCAAAAUUUUGAAGCAAAUAGCGCGUGUGCGCCUUUUCUUCUUAGCUUUUCUAACCGGUAUGCCAAUGAUCGAGUUGGGCGUGAAUGAUAUGUGGCGUCAGGGCAAAGAAGUGGUGGGUCGACACGACAUCAUACCAGUGGCCACAGAAGAGUGGAUUCGCUUGGAAGCUGUAGAGUUUCACAGUGUGGUGAAUCAGGAGGAGUAUGAGAAGACGCGUACAAUUAAGUUCCAGCCACCGGAUGCGAAUUAUAUAGAGUUACUACGUUUCCGUGUGCGUCCACCCAAAAAUCGCGAACUUCCAUUACAACUGAAGGCCACGUGGUGUGUAACUGGUAAUAAGGUGGAGUUGCGUGCAGAUAUACUGGUGCCGGGCUUUACAUCGCGCAAAUUGGGACAAAUACCAUGCGAAGAUGUCUCGGUGCGGUUUCCCAUACCGGAGUGUUGGAUUUACUUGUUCCGCGUGGAGAAGCAUUUUAGAUAUGGCUCCGUUAAGUCCGCUCAUAGACGUACCGGUAAAAUUAAAGGUAUUGAGCGCAUUCUAGGCGCUGUCGAUACGCUACAAGAGUCCCUUAUUGAGGUCACUUCGGGACAGGCAAAAUAUGAACAUCAUCAUCGUGCCAUUGUCUGGCGCUGCCCACGUUUGCCAAAAGAAGGACAAGGAGCUUAUACUACACAUCAGCUCGUUUGUCGUAUGGCGCUGACUUCCUACGAUCAGAUACCCAGCGAACUGGCGCCCUACGCCUUCGUUGAGUUCACAAUGCCAGCAACACAGGUCUCGCAUACAACAGUGCGUUCAGUGAGCGUACAAGAUUCGGAUUCCGAUGAGCCACCAGAGAAAUAUGUACGCUAUUUGGCACGACAUGAAUACAAGGUUGGCAUCGAGACGACACAUGGAGAGUCUACAAACGCAUAUUUAGCAGCUACGCGUCCGAUACGUGAGGAGCCAACGCCUAAACCUGUGGCAUCUCCUGUGCCACCAAGCGAUUCAGAUACUGACUCGAAUUAAGCAUAAAUUUAAAAAUUAUACAAAAUUACUCAAAAUAUAAACAUACAAACACACAGAGAUGUAUAGCAAAACAACUAAAACUGUACUAAUGUAGAGAGAAAAUAAGUAACUAAAGAAAUGGUUAAAAUGAAAGAUUAAACACACCUACAUACAUACAUAACCAAGCUGAUUUUUAAAAGGUUAGUAAUGACAGCAGUAUUUCUAUGUUGUUUAGAACAAAACAUAGAAAACAUAGAAAAAACAUAGAAAACAUAGAAAUACAUAGAAAACAUACGUAUGCACGCUGGCAGUUACCAGGCAUGUGUAAAAUAGCUUCAACUAGCAAAAACCAAAAGCGGCGCAUAUAUUAUACAAUUUAGCAAACAAAACAAAUAAGAUAAACUGUUAUUGUAAGAAAGCCACUGAGUUCAUGCUAUGUAGCAGCAACGCUGAAGACCAACCACAUCGAAGCAAUAUAGUAUUAUAUGCUGCAUAUACACGUAUUGCGCGUAGUUAAAGGAUAUUCAAAAGGAUAACAUUAUAUAACACAUACAUAUUUAAAUUAAAGUAAACCGUUAUUUCGCUCAUAAUUCAUGAAGCAACUGUAAAGCGGAACGACAGUAGUGAAGUGUGUAGCACAUAAAGCAUAUAUACAUAUAUAUAUAAACUAAAUUCAUAUACUCCUACAUACAUACUUACUUGUGUAUACAUACAUAUUAGCGGACAAUAAGAUUUUGAAGAGCACGCGUUUGUCGUUUCAGUGAAGCGUCUAUACACACACACACACACACACACACACACGUAGACAUACACACAUAUAUAUAAACUCUAAUAUUACAUUAUGUAUGUGUGUACUUAAUUGAUUAUGACUUAUGCAAAUAUCAGGUAUAUUUAACUAACUUUUACGCUUUAAUUGUUAUUACAAGUUAUUAUUGUAUUAUAACAUAUAUACAUAUAUAUUAUACAUGCAACUUAUUCAAUUAUAUUAGUUUAUAGUUUUUCACUUUCAACAAUAACACUUAUUACUAUUGAAAAUAUCUAUAUAUGUAUGUAUAUACAUAUAUUUCUUUUAUCAAGUAAGCCUUUAUGAUAUUUAAAGCGAAUUUAGAAGUUACAUAAGCACCAAAAAUUACUACUCUUCAAAUACACAAACACAUAUAUAUUUACAUAAAAUACCAAAUUUUUUUUGAUCAUUUUAAUAUUAUUUUUUUGAAAAUUUUCGGUUGAAAUUUAUUUGACCUUCGCAAAAAUGUGGUUAUAUUUGUAAAAAAUCGCAAUUUGAGAAUAUGUAUUUAUUUUAACACGUACAAAUACAUACCUUUUCCGAAAAUUUCCAGGAACUCGCUCUAUUAAACAUAAACCUCGUACAAAGUUGCUAGAAAAUCAUUAAUUCGAAAAAAACGGUUUAAAAAUUUUCGUCUUCAGUACAAUAUUAGAUGCUAAUCUUGGAUCAAAAGUAUAAUGAUGAAAAAAUAAUUCCAUUCUGUAAUAAAAAAUGGUAUAUGUAUAGGUAUUGACAUUUGCCAUUUCCAUAUUCAUAGCAAAGCUUCUUCUCACUUAUACGCAGAACUUUGGAAAACUGAGUUUUCUAUAUAUUUUAACACGCUUCGGAAAGUCUGCUGAAUUUUAUUUGAAACUUUUUAGUGGCAAACAUGAGCUUGGAGUUUGGCCUAUUUAGUAUUCGGACUUCUUUAGCAGUGUUUUGAAUUUCAAACUCAGAAAUUAAAAUUAAUUUUCCAAACAAUUAAAUAAUGAAUACUAAAACCGAUUGUAUCCCUUUUCUAGCUUCAGUCCAAAGUUUUUCACAAUUUAUUUCUAUUCUGUCAAUUUCGAGAUAUAUUCACUUAAAUGUUUCUGAUUAAAGUCGAACACAAAAGUAUCUAAGUUCUCGAGAAUCAGUAAUAGGGGAAGUGAUGUAUCAAAUUAAAGGUGUUAAACAUAUUCGUUUUGGAAUGUACAUAGCUCUUAAACGUUACAACUUUUAAAUAAAAAUUACGAUUUUUUAACAUUUCAAAUCUUAUUAUGUAACUCGUAUAAUUUGUAAGUUCUGUUAAAAAAUAAUAAAGUGUGAAAGGUAGGAAAUUUAAUGACCUUUCACCUGAUAUUUCUAUUCAGUUUUCUUAGUUUUAUUUGUUUUUGGAAUUUUGAGAUCUUAGUUUGACAUAUUUCCUUCAUUAGAAACAGUUAUUUGAAGAUAACUUGAAAAUUAUAAUACAGAAAAUAAAUUGAGGAGAUUUUACUUGGGAAAAAUUUAUAUAUUACUCUAAGAAUUGAAUUUUGGUAAUGUACGAUCUGGGCAUUGAACCAAACCAUUUUUAUCAACAUUUUUGGGUCAUAUGUAAAAAAAAUAAUUUCUUCGUUUUUCGAAAAUAUUUGCUUUGGAAUUUUGAAAUUGAGGCUUUGAACUCUUGUAAUCUCUUGCUGUCGAUAGUAAAUUUUUUUAAGGCGAUUUUACAGAAAAGGUCGAAAUGGUCCUUAUUGUUCAUUAGAGGGUCAAUAGAGGGAAUACAGGGAUCUGGGGCUUCAAUUUUACAAAAUCAAAACGCGCAAGCUUUCUAAAACUGUAAAUUUUACAUAGAAAACAAUUUUAUUGUGUAAUGUUUAAAAAUCGAAUUUCAUUAUUGACGAUCUGGGUACUGAAUCAAACCAAUUUUAUCGAGAUUUUUGGGUCAUAAGUAAAAAAGUUUUUCAUUUUUCGAAGUUUGUAUUCGAACUCGAAAUAUUUGCAUUUGAAUUUCGAAAUUGAACUUACUUGAAACAUUUUUAUUAGUUAUAUGUAGUAUGUAAAUUAGUAUAAAUGUACAAAUAUGGUUAUAAUCCAAGUUUUCCUCCCAUCUCAAUGAGGUAUAACAAUUUUUGGUCCAGAAUGACAGAUGUAUAAGGGAUCAAAAGUGGAUCUUCGAAAAAAUAGAAAAAUAAACAUUUAUAAAAAACAUAAAAAAUGUAUUUUAGUUAAAGUAAUUGCAUUUUUAGUAUUUUAUGAAAUAAAUUUCUUUUGUAACUCGAAGAUCCGACAUUGUCCGUUUAUAGCAACUAUCAUAAAAGCUUAACCGAAAAAUGAUAUACACCAUUGAUAUGGAAGGAAAUCGUGAAUUACUUACAUCCAUAUUUUCCACUUUUUCGUAACUCGCAUACUAUAAGUGAUGUAAAACAAAUAUUUGAUAAUGAUGUUUAGAGUAAGCUCAAUUUCGAAAAUCGAAGGCGAAUAUGUCGAUAUUGGUAUCUAACUUCGAAAAUCGGAGAAAAUACUUUUUUUUACUUAUCAAUCAAUCGCUCGAAAAAAUGGGUUGGUCUUAUAAUCCGACCAGGGUUGUUCAGUGCUAUAUUCAUUCAUUUCGUAUACGAUUUUAGAGGGGGCGUGAAAAACUUGUUUAUUUUAUUUAUUUAUAUUUUAAUUUUUUACAUUUAUCUGUAUAUAUUUUAGUAGUAAAUACAUAAAUACCCGUUUCUAUAAAUAAAAAUGUACUAUUACUCGCAUAUAUAAUGACAGUCGUUCACAAUCACGCAUGCAUACAAACAUACAUAUAUAGUUAUAAAUAAUCUAAAGAAAUGUUGAUCAUUGUUAAUUUUCACAUCUGUAGGUAAUUUUAAAUAUCAUAACAUAAUAUAUAUUGGUUAUUAGUGUGAUUAGCAUAGAAAAGACAUUAAAACAAUUCAUUAGAGUGAAUAAAGAAAUCCUUUGUGGUGCUGGUGAAAAAUACAUAAACAAUUGCAUAACUACACGUAAAAUUUAUGAAUAUAGAACUUAAAAAAAGAAAAGCUGAGACUAAAACAUGUCUGCAUAUAAAUAAAAAAAAAAAAAAAUAAAAAUGCAUACAUACAUAGACAGAAGAAUUGCAUAAACAAAAUGCAUUGAGUAUGUACAUAUAUGUUUCCAAAAAAAUAAUACGCUAUAGGAAGCUUAAAAGCUUAUUAAAAAUCUCAAAAAUGAACCACAAAACUAAAAUAUAUCAACUACUACUGAAGAACUGCUCAGCUUACCGUGGAGCAUUUGUGAGAAAUACAUACAUAAAUAGAAGCAAUCAAUGUAACUGAAAGCAAAGCUCGUACAUACACGCAUACAAGCAUAAAAAUAUAUAUACAUAUGUAUAUGUAUAUAAGCAAAUAAAUAGGCUGCGGAAAAUCGUAAGCAACAAUAGAUCAAAGAAUUGGCACAAAUUAUUUAAUAUUCUACGUUCAGACAACACAGUGCGACAUAUAUUUUUUGGGGUGUAACGAUGUUAUUUUAAAUGAAAUUAGUUUUUGAGAGCCAUUUUAUUCUAUCAGGAGAAAAGUUUGUUGACAAUGGGUCGAAGUUGGUAAUAUGGAAAUCCGAAAAUCAUUUUUAAGUCGGUUUUAACAAAAGGUUAAAAUUAGUCCUGCUGUCUGAGGGUUAACAUUUUCCAUAAACAAUUGUCUUUCUACAUCUUUCUAGGGUUUCAACGCUACAGAAUCAGUUUUAUGCAUGAUUUUUCAUAUUGGUCGAUUAUAAAUUUGACCAAAAAAGUUCUAGUUUGAAACACUGUAAAGUGAUCUUGAUCUGACAGAGCAGAACGAGUUUUAGAUUUUUGAUGAUGCUGAAAAAUAGUUUCUUUUAAAAUUGAGACAGUGAUCCUUAAUUUGUUGUAUAGUGUAUGUAUAUGGACUCCAACCAAAUAACGCUGAAUUAGUUUACUUAACUACAAAUUGUUGAAAAAACUAGAAAUCUAAAAAUAUACAACACAUUAUACUAAGAAUUAAAUUAAAUUAAAGAAAAAAAUAUAAAAAAAAUAAAAAAGUUCAAAAACAGCAACUCUGAUUGUAUGAUGUUGGCAUUAAAUUAAAUUUAACAAAAUUAAAACAAAAUGGCGAUAAAUGUUUCUUUCUUUCCAAAUGUGCAUGAAAAAGUUAAGACUUAAAACAAAUAUAUUAUACAAUAAAUAAAAAAAAUUAAAUAAAAUGCGGUAUCUGAAUGUUAUUAUUGUAAAACGAAUUUAAUUGCAACGUUCAUGGAUGCUAUGUUCCAGUGAAAUCAAAUUUAAUUACACAAAAUUUGAAAGUAGUAAGAUACUUAAAUGUGCAACAAAAAUAAGAAUGCGAAUACUUGAUAGUAUAUGCCAUUUAUGAGUACCCCCACAUCGAAUGGUACAUUUUUGAUCCAUAACCUCAUUCAUUACUGGAGUGUAGAGCAACCCAUUUUUGGAAAUAAAUAUCUUAUAACUAACAAUGGCACAAAAGAAAUUUUAUUUUCAAUUAUGAAUCUCGCGGGAACAUUUACCGCUGAUCUGUUCAGGACUCUGGGCUAGGUACAACAAAGCGGAGUCUGAAGAGUAUACUUUAUCGAAAAAUGUAUACCCUAUACACCUUAUUGGAGUUAUGGAGAUCAAUAAUUAACGAAAUAAUAACUGUUUCGUCGAGAGAUUUGGCGAGGUACGAUAGAAGAUAUAGAAACUGAAAUAUUAGGGACUGGACAACAUGUUUGUUUUUAUUAAAAAUAUUCAUAUAUACAUAGAUGAACCCUUAAUUGGUUAAAAGAAAGGUUAAAUCGGCAGAAACAGAGUAUAUUUUAGUAGAAAAAACAGGGUCAAUUCUGGUAAAGAAGGUUAAACACAUCUAAAACUUCGUUCUCUAUGAUCCAACGACGAAACAGUUCAUUUCUUAGAACUCACUUUAGACGAUGUCGAUGGCAAUGCCAAACUUAGUUCCCAAUAGAGAUUGUUUCAUUAAAAUUCUUUGGGGUUCUCUA